ACGCAACCAUCUCUUUCUCUCUCUCUCUCUCUCUCCAAAUUCUCAUAAUACAAAUACAUCAUCUUCUCUCUUCCUGCCUUUCUCUCUCUUCUCUGUAACCCAGAGAAAUACCCUUCGCGUUAUUCAAAGCCGCGUUUCUCUGCUUCCUGUAAGUACCCAUACUCUUUCUUAGAUUAUAUAUAUGGUUAUUUUUUUGUAAUUUCUGCGUCCAAGCCUUUUCUGUUGGAUUCAUCGGUCUCCAGGAUGAUCUAGAGCGAAGAAGGCUAUUGCUCUUUUGCGCGUGUCCCGUACUCUUCUCCAAUCCUCCACAGAUACCAUAGUAUAUCUAACUUUGAAAGUAGAUUUUUUAAAAAAUAAAAAUAAAAAUUUUACCUUGUAAAUAUAGUCAAUGGAGGUCAAGCUAUGGAACGACAAGCGCGAGAGAGAAAUGUACGACAACUUUGCUGAGCUCUAUGCCAUAAUCAAAGCCACAGAGAAGCUUGAAAAGGCUUAUAUUCGUGAUAUCAUCUCCUCAUCCGAGUAUGAAACCGAAUGCCAGAAACUUAUUGCCCAUUUCAAAACACUAGCUUCCACUCUAAAAGACAUAGUUCCUAGCAUUGAGCGUUUUGCAGACACAUACAAGAUGGAUUGUCCUGCCGCCAUAAACCGAUUAGUGACCUCUGGUGUGCCUGCCACGGUGGAACACAGGGCUGCUGCAGCUGCAUCAGCAACUACCUCGGCUGCCACUGUGGCAGAGUGUGUCCAGAACUUCAUUACAGCUAUGGAUUCCUUGAAGUUGAAUAUGGUGGCAGUGGAUCAGGUGCACCCAUUGCUCUCAGACCUCUCAGCUUCACUUAAUAAGUUGAGCAUUUUGCCACCAGACUUCGAGGGGAAGACAAAGAUGAAAGAGUGGAUAUCUAGGCUCUCAAAGAUGGGGGCAGCAGACGAGUUGACAGAGCAGCAGGCUCGGCAACUGCACUUUGAUCUCGAGUCCUCGUAUAAUUCUUUUAUGGCGGCUUUGCCCAGUGCUGGCACAUGAAUGAUUUUGGUGGGCUUGUAAAUAAAUGGCAAAGUCAUUUGGUUUGGAUUAUUCACUAGUCUUGCUUGUUGCCGCGACUUAAUAGAAUUUCAGUGAUGAGUUGGAAGAAAUACUAAUUUUGUAACAGCUUCUAUACAUUUUGGGAUGGCUGAACCAUUGAAUUAAGUUUAUUUCUUGUGAAAUGUUGGUGUAAAUUGUUUGUACUUCAAUUUAGUAUCUUUAAUAUUCAUUCUUCUUUUUA